CUUAUGAUCUUUUGAAAUUGGUGAAAUCUCUCAUAAAUGAGAAAAAGCACAUACAUUAUUUAAAGAAAUCGGAAGGAAAAAAUGAAUAUUUGCGAGUAGAGUGAAAAGCGAAGAAAAAGGUGCUACUCAGUGUUUUGGUCGCUUGGGCUAAGCUAUCGUCUUUCCAUAACCAUCAGUCACUAAAGGGCGCUCCGUCUCUAGCGCUCUUCCCGAGGCCUCGUCUUCUUCGAUUUCUCACCGCUCUCACUCAAAAAUUUUGACAGGAUGUCUCAAUGGAGGGGGAAGUUUUCAUGCAGAAACCUCACCAAAAGCCAACUGGGCGGUGUAGUAUUUGGCUGCACCAAGCAUACCUUCAAAGAAUGUAUCUCCAAACAGUUGUUUGGUCUACCCUACAACCACAUGUCAUACGUGCAGAGGAUUGAUAUAGGUUUGCCGUUGUUUCUUUUCAACUACUCUGAUCGUAAACUUCAUGGAAUCUUUGAGGCUGCCGGUCCUGGCCAGCUCUAUAUCGACCCUUAUGCCUGGACCUCUAAUGGUUCUGAGAGAACCUCCUAUCCUGCACAGGUUCAAAUCAGUCUUCGGUUACAGUGUGAACCCCUUUCCGAAGAAAAAUUCAAACCCACGAUUGAAGAUAAUUACUACAGUUCUCACCAUUUUUGGUUCGAGCUUGAUCAUUUACAGACAAAUAAGUUGAAGUGUCUGCUAACAUCUUUUGCUGUGAAACCUAAUCCUCCCGUGAGUACAUCACACAACAGACAACUUUUUCACUUUGCUCCAUCAAGUGAAACUAAAGAGAACGCUGAUGAGUCUAAGCUUUCUAGGCAUGAACCGCUGGAUGUCUUGGAGGUGUCACUCGGUUCUGGCAGGGAAUCUGAUUCCUCAGCUGCUGCUUCUCAUCCUCAUAUCUCUGAAUAUCAUCCAGACGUACAGAACUCCAAGCAAAAGGAUAAGGAUUGUAUUCUUGAGAAACUUAAGAAUCUUACACUUAGUCAUGAGCAUCAAGACAACAGUCUAAUGAAAAAUGUUGACCAAGCCAAUAUUCCCACCUGCAAGAACUUGGAAGACAGAGGCCCACUUGAAGAGGAAAUAUGUUCAGAGUUUAAUGGAGAUGGCAGUCCUCUUGUAUCAUCUCCUCGUCAACCUACAAUAAGCCAGCUGAUGAAUGAGGUGAAGGAACUCAGGGCAUACAGGAUAGAAUAUUCAACCAAAGUAUGUUACUUGGAAGAGAAACUGGAAGUCAUCAUAUCAGUAAAAAUGAUUCUCUGUCAUUUCCAGUCUGGUGUUCCGCUAGUUGCUAUUUUCUCCUUGUUUUUGAAACCUGAUGAAGCACACAAGGAAAUUCAUAGACUGAGAGCGCAUUGCAACAUGCUGGAGUCCUUAUCAAGUCCUUUAAUCGCCAAAGAUGGUGGUAGUGAUAUGGAGAUCUUUUCACCAGAUGAUUCAAGCUUAGAUUCAACUGAGGCAAUUCUUCUUUUGGGGGGAUUUGAUGGUUACUCUGAAUCAGCGUUGUCAUCAGUGAUGUCAUAUUUUCCAUCCAGGAAUGUUGUAAAGGCUCAUAGUUCAAUGAGCUGUAUCCGUUCUAAUGCUUCAGUGGCAAAAUUGGAUGGUAAAAUUUACGUCUUUGGAGGUGAAGUGGGUGGCCAUGGCUGGUCCAACACAGUUGAAUCAUAUAGCGAGACUGAUGGCCGGUGGAGCGUUUGCCCUCCCUUGAACCAGCGAAAAGGAAGUUUAGGUGGAGCCACUUUGGAUGGAAAAGUAUUUGCAAUCGGAGGUGGGAAUGAGGGGGAAUACUAUUCAGAUGUUGAGAUGCUUGAUCCAGAUAUCGGGAGAUGGAUCAGAACAAGGUCAAUGGAGAAGAAGAGAUUUGCAGUUGCAUCCUCGGAGCAUAACGGUUCGAUCUAUGCUGUCGGUGGUUUUGAUGAGAAGGAGUACCUGAACUCAGCUGAAAGGUUUGAUCCUAGAGAGCACUCGUGGAUGAGAAUUGCGUCGAUGAAGACAAGAAGAGGGUGCCAUUCUCUUGUUGUUUUGAACGAGAAACUAUAUGCGAUAGGUGGGUAUGAUGGAUCGAGAAUGGUGGCGAGUGUAGAGAUAUAUGAUCCAAGGACAGGGACAUGGAUAGACGGAGAAGCAAUGAAGGAAUCAAGAGGAUAUUCAGCAGCAGUAGUGGUUAAAGACUCCAUAUAUGUCAUCGGAGGAUACAAGGGGGAAGAAGGAGUUGAUUUCUUAGACACUGUUGAGUGUUUCAAGGAAGGUCAAGGGUGGAAAAACGUGUCUUGUUCAUCCAUGGGUAGGCGUGGCUUUCUAUCAGCAGUGCCUUUGUAAGUGAAAGCCUUUCUUCCCUUUUAGGCCACGUUACUCAAGCCAUUCAUAGGCCUUCAUAUUCUUUUCGAGAGGAAUUUAUUUUGUGAACAAGAGGCAAAAUCAAUUCUCUAGAUAUUAGAAGAAAACAAAAACAAAAUUCUUCCUUUUUUGGCAACCAAUUCCAAUUUGUAAGCUGCAGUAUUAGUGAAAACAGUGCGGCUAAAAGUUUCGAAAAUCAGAGAAAUUGAUUUGUCUGAAUCACAAGUUGAAAUCUCC